UCAAUUGUUUGUUUUGAAUGGCAGGAAUUGGAACGGAAUGGCGUUCAAACUCAAACGAACACAAACAAUGACAGUAGCCUGACAAAAGUCGAUCUUGUUUCUAUUCAUCUCUUGCAAUUUCUCGCCUCCCUUACCAUUGCAAAGCAGCAGACAUGGCAGACGGAUCAGAUAGUUUACGAGCUCGUGAGGCACUUGCUCUGCUGUCUCGCAUUUCAAAGCUACUGAAUACUGGAUUGGACACGGAAUCUCUCUCCAUCUGCAUAAGACUUUGUGAAGCUGGAGUUCAUCCCGAGGCUUUAGCAAAAGCUAUCCAAGAAGUUCGCCGUGAAGUUAAUGCUAUUAAAAACCCGACCAACGUUGAUGAAGAUUCUGUAGCAAGACAACUUCUUUAGUCAUUAGUAAUCUGUCGUCAAUGAGUGGGUGACUGAAUGAAGGACAAGAAACUCUGUGUGACCCGGAGAGUUUCCUUUGAGAGAUCAUCAAAACAUGGUGAUCAAAUAUUGUUCCAUUAAUUUUAUUUGCCAAUACAAAAGUCCCUGAAUAUCA